AUGGCACUACCUGAUUCGUUGACCUCAAUCCAUUCAUCAUCAGAAGGAUUUGACACACAAAAUAUGGUUGAAGAGGAGGAAAUCACUCCGGAUGAGGUUCUCAGACAAAUGCGGCUUGCAUGGCAGAAUGAGAUGGCAGCGCCUUGCCUCUUGCCGCAUCGUUACGAUAUUGUUGAGUGUUUGGUUGAUCAAAUCGAGGGAAUGGAAGAGAAUUUAGCAGGAAGAGCAGACAAGGCUAGCAUCCGAAUCUCCGCUCAUCGUUUGGAGUUGCACAGACUUACCUACAUAACUAACGAUUACAUGAGGCGGCGUUUACAGAAAAUAGAGAGCAAUCCACGGCGAGUUCUACGAGAGAACAUGGAAAGAUUAACAGAAGGAAAGUCAGCUCUUUUGUCUGAUCAGGAAAAGAAGUUUGCUGAGAGAUACGCGAAGAUUGAAGCUCAGCUUAUGGGAAAAACAUGCCUUAGUCGCUUGCAGCCUUCUUUUCACAAAAUUCCUGUUCCUGUCUCAGAUCUCGAAUGUGAGAGG